AUGUUACGAGGAAGCGAUCGAAUAUCAAGAAGUGAAUUAUUAAAACAGGUUGGAGAACAAAAGCAACAAUUAGCAUUAUACGAAAAAAAAUUGAAAGAUAUUAUUCGGGCAUUUAAAAGUUUGAAUGCUGAAAAGGAAGCCUUGCAAACGACGAUCGAAGCCCUUGGAAUAGCAGAUGCAGUCAACGGCAGCGAAGUUGGUGAAACGAAUGAAUCAAAAACGUCAAUCGCUGUAUCAGAGGAUCGUCUUGAAGAACUGAAACGAUCUUUGCUUGUUUUAAUAACUGAGAAUAAGCGACGUGAAACAGCUCUUCAAGCAGAUAAAAAAGCAUUGCUGGAAUUACGAGCCAAGUUAAUUCGUAUUGAAGAAGACCGAGAGCGCGAGCUAAUAGAUCACGGAUCAGUGUUGGCUGAAAUGCAACAACGAUUCGCUAGAGAGAAAAGUACUAAUGAGCAAAUAAAAAAGCAGUUUGCUGAGCUUUAUAAGAAAUUACAUGAGAAAGAUGCUUUGCCAAUGCAAAUGGAAAACAGUCUAAAGGAAUUACAAUCGGAUUUAGAUAAAGCUAAAGAUGAUGUUGAAUUUUGGAAAAAAAAAGCUGAAAAAAUUCCAACUAUUCAAAUGCUCGAAAGCGAAUUGCAAAAUAUAAAAAAGGGAAGUGAGCUCGAAAUACAAGAGCUCAAAUUGAAAUUAUCAAACGCAUCUGAUACGGAGAAAGAAUCGAGGUUGCAAAAAUUAGAAGAGAGGCUAAAAGAAAUUACUUCUUCUUUGGGGAACUUAGAACGAACUCGAAUAAAGAAUGAACAAAUAAUCAAAGAUUUAAGAAAAAAAAAUGCAAUGUUAAAGAAGGAAAAUGAAAUUCUCUCCCAGUCUUCAGUUCAGAAAGAAGUUGAAUCGCUCGAUCUCGAAACAUUGAAACAAAAAACAUUACAUUUAAUAGAAAUGAUCAGAAAUAGAAAUGGUGGAGUCAAUUUUUACGAGACUAUUGGCGUGAAAGAAUCCUCUAAUGAUUCAAAAUAUGAGGAAUUAAAGGAAGAAUUCGAACUUUACAAGUUAAAGGCACAAUCUGUUCUCAGAUCCAGGAAUAUUUCGCUAGGUGAGGAUGGUCUUCCUUCUGUUUCUUCCUUACCAAAAGUGGAUGAAUGUAGUUCAUGUGCGUCUGCCGAAAUUGAACUUCAUAAUCUACGAUCUGCUGUUGCUUCGCUUCAUGAAAAGCUAUAUGGAAUUGAAAUUGAUCAUGCAAACGCUAAGAAUGACUAUGAAGAGAAGUGCACAGAAUUGCAAAAAACGAUCGUUGAACUACAAGCUUCACAAAUAAAAACCGUCAACUGUUUAAGACAGCAAAUGCAGCAAAAAAUAUCGGAAAUGGAGGCUGAAAUGCAGAAACAACGAGUACGAACGUUGGAUAUUCUCGCGGAAAAGGAGAAAGAACUUGAAAUUGCUAAAAAUCAGCGAGUUGUUUCGAAUGAUCCGAUUGAUCCACCUCAGCGAGAGUUGGUACGUAAAAAACCAUCACUUGAAUUCUCCGAGUCAUCGAACGCAAUUGAAAAACCUGCAACAGUAUUCAAUUCUUGUGCCUCCCUAGCCGCUUAUGGUCGCGCAGCAAGUGAAACUGAAUCUUAUUCCAGCGUAAUGGAUGAGCAUCCACUGGAACGUUUAUCAGAAAAAAAGUAUUCAUUGGCGAACAUGACGAAUACAGUUGAGGCUAAGAAUAUUUUUUAUGAACAGCAAUUAGCGAUUAAGGAAAAAGAAAUUAUUGAUCUAAGCAGCGCUAUACGUAUGGCUGAAAUGACCAUCCGUGAUUUACAGCAAUCUUCAAUAACAAAAGACCUACAACAUUUUGAAAUUAUUGGAAAGCUUAAAGAUGAGAUCAGAAUUCUUGAAGGUAAAUUGAAUUUUCAUACGAGUGAUGCGCAUAUGGAGUACCUUCGAAAUGUUUUCAUUCAACUGUUGCAUUGUGAAAGUUAUUCGAAGCGUAAGCAUAUAUUAAAGGCAAUUGGCACUGUGUUAAAGUUAAGUAUUGUAGAAAUGCGACUUAUUGAUAAACACACCGUCUGA